AGACUGCAAAUGAGCUUCUUACUCGUGGAACAAAUACAAAGAAGAAGAAGAGCGAUCACUUCCGGGAUAAAACAAACACGCGGAACUCCUCACAGGAAGCUGCAGUCAUGACGAGAUGGGCGAGAGCCAAUAAUGUCCACAAGCACAAACCAGCAGAGGCCACUCCAUGGAGUCAGCUUAGAACAAGGGGAAGAGGUCAGCCAGGCAGCUCUGAUGACCACCUAAGGGGGACUCAGUCUGGUGGAUUCGCUGCGAAAAGACCAAACCGCAAGAAGAAGGAUUACGACAAUGAGGAUGUGAACGGAUUCAUGGAGUUUCUCCAGCAGGAGGGACAGCCACUGCCAGGAGCUGGUUAUGGAGGGAAAGAGCAGGGCCAGGAUUUCAGGGAAGAGGUAGAAUUGGCCUUGAAGAAAGACAGGAGAAGAGAGGACAGAAGGAUAAAGAGACAGACAGACAAAAAGAGCAACAUGAUGUGCUUUAACUGCAGGAAGCCAGGUCAUGGUUUGGCAGACUGUCCUGAGGCAGACGGAGACGAGGAGAUGGGCCGAGACAUCUGCUAUCGCUGCGGCUCCACUGAACAUGAAAUCCACAAAUGUAAAGCGAAAGUUGACCCGGCUCUCGGUGAUUACCCGUAUGCAAAGUGCUUCAUCUGUGGUCAGACUGGACACUUGUCGCGAUCCUGCCCAGAUAAUCCUAAGGGAAUGUAUGCACAAGGAGGCUCCUGUCGUGUUUGUGGUUCAGUGGAACAUUUUCAGAAGGACUGCCCGGAGCACCAGGCUGCAACUAACUCUGUGACGGUGGGCUGGUUGUCCAACAACAUGAGCGCAGACCAUGAGGAAGUACACCUUCCAGUGAAGAAAACCAAACCCAAAGCGACUAAGGUGGUGAAGUUUUGAGCUGCUAGGAUGAUCUGUAGCUCAAGGACAGAAUUCCAACUCAAGAGUUUCAUUAACACAAUUCAUAUAUGUAUCUCUAACCAACCCCUGUUCUGGUUUACAUCGAGUAUUUGCCUUCACACACAGUGAAGUGGUUUAGACACAUUCUAAUAUAUUGCUUAUAACUAAAUUACCUUUCAAUAAAAUGUUACUUCCAUAUAUUUACAGUCUGGUUUUAUUUAGUUGCUGCAAGAGUAACUUUGUUUAAAGUUGAUCAUCGUGUACAAAUAUGAGAUGUUUACUGGUGAAAGUAUCAAGAUCAUCUUUUAGCUGAUUUAUAUCUGUUUGACAAAAAUAUGAAAAAAUCUUGCUCCGAGUCUAAUUGUUAUCUUUCUUCAGAGCUUUAAAACGCAACUUACAGUUUUUCUCACUGGAUUGAUCGGACGACAAAUGAGCUGAACUCAGGAAAACCAUGAGAUGCAGUAGAAAGGUUUGGGAAGGAAAAUAAUUUACGUAUUGUAACCAGUGACAAUGUAUUUGUUAUUGUUGCUCUAAAAAAAAUUAAAGAAAUUUACUUGUCUGCUGACAAGUAAAUUACAUCAUGAA